AGCACCAGCUGUAGCACGUAACAACAACAAACCAAGCAGGAACAGAAGUGUGCCAGAAAUGAGUUGUGCUUUCCACCUCCUAGUUUCCCGCAGUCACUUGCACCACGGCCGUUUUCUGUUCGUCUUGUCCCAACAAUCCCUGUUACUCAGAGCACUCAGCUCUGGCUCCCACAUCAGCCGCAGCCUGCAGGAGAGCUACAGGCUUCUGCAACUGCCUGACGAGGGACACAGCACUCCUGUGCAGGUGAAAGAGGCCUACCUGAGCCUGGCAAAGCUCUACCACCCAGACUCUGGGGCUCCGACUGCAGAUGCAGCGCUGUUUACCCGUAUUGAGGAGGCCUACCGUGCUGUGCUGGCACAUCAGAGCAAGACCAAACAGCCUGAGUGGGAUAAGGAAGUGGAGGAUGAGGAUAAGUCCAAAGGUGCAGCACUUCAACACAGACACUACCUCAGCUAUGAAGGUAUGGGUUCAGGCACCCCCAGCCAACGUGAGCGUCAGUAUCGGCAGAUUCGUGUCGACAGGGCAUCUGAGCAGGUUUUAAAUUACCGGCAGAGGGAGCACGAGAGGGCAGCUGCUGCAGAGGGGGCACUGGUGGAACGGGAUAUGCGUCAGCGCAGCCAGAAGAUCAAGAUCACCCAGGCUAUAGAACGGCUUGUGGAAGACCUGAUCCAGGAGUCCAUGGCCCGUGGAGACUUCAGGAACCUGAGUGGAGCUGGGAAGCCCCUCAACAAGUUUGAGCACAAUCCGUACGCUGAUCCUAUGACCCACAACCUCAACCGCAUCCUCAUAGACAAUGGUUACCAGCCACCCUGGGUCGUCACACAACGCGACAUCCGAGAAACUACUGCUCAGAUUCGAAAGAGGUUAUUAGAGGGGAGGGCCAAGCUUGGUGACCCCAUGAGCCCCAAAGAGCACAGUCAAUGGGAUCAGCUGUGCGCAUCGGUAGAGGAGGAGCUGGUGAAACUUAACAAGAUGGUGGACAAUUACAACCUCAUUGUACCGAUGCUCAACAUGCAAAUGGUUCACUUCAGUUUGUACAGAGAGAUCGACCGUGCCGUGAGAGGAGCCCACCAGCACAGACUGGAGCAGCAGAGAGAGAGAGAGAAGGAGCGAGAGAGGAGGAAGGAAGAGAAAAAAAGAGCCAACACAGUGAAUAAGCCUAAAAAUACCAAACAAGGCCUGAUGUCCUGGAUGCAAAAUUUGCUGAGAUGAAAACACUAAAACUCUGAAUCUAAGUGAACAUAACGCAUAUUUGACAUCAGUGGUUUAUUAUGACUUAAACCAAUCAUUAUAGUCCACGGGGCAAUAUUUCAGACAGACUUGUUCACCUGCUUUGCACAGUCUCAUUCAAAGUCAGAGACAAAGGUUCCACUCAACCAGUUUUAUUCUGUGUUACUACUGAUAUGCAGGAUUGUAAUCAGGUGUUAAUGAAAGAGGUUCAGGUACCCUGUGACUAUAAAGGGUGAGGAACUGGAUGUGUUAGUAACAAAGAGGCUAUUUUACGAUACAAGUUGUUUCUGUGAAAUUAGUGAUCUGCAAAUACAAACCUAAUGCUGUAACUUUUGGUUGCUAUGUGACA